CGAGCCAGCAGCGUCGGGCGGCACGUGGGGGCGGUGCGGCGCAGCCAUGGCGGGGCAGGGCGGCGGCGAGAGCUCGCUGUGCGCGGCUGGCGGGCGGAAGAUGGCCCUGCAGAGAUGUGAGACAUGUGGCGAAGAGGAGGCCAAGUACCGGUGUCCGCGAUGCAUGAAGUAUUCGUGCAGCCUGUUGUGCGUGAAGAAGCACAAGCUUGCCCUGAGCUGUAACGGAGUCAGGGACAAAACUGCAUUUGUCUCCGUGACUGAAUUUACUGACUUGAACCUUCUGAGCGAUUAUCGGUUCCUGGAAGACGUGGGAAGAGCGGCUGAUGCUGCUGCUCGAGAUCCGUCUGUGCAUCGGCCAACAACAAACAAAUUCAUCAAUUACUUGAGAAACAGAGCUCGGAGGCAUAAUAUCAAUCUGAAGACACUGCCCAUUGGAUUCACAAAAAGAAGAGAAAAUUCAACUAUCUUCAAUAAGAAGGAGCAGAAGUUCUACUGGCAUUUGAAGCUUGUAUUUCUUCACUGUAAUGCUGAAUACGCUUUAAAAAGAGUGCCAGAGGAUAAAACGCUCACUGAUAUCCUGAAGCCCUACAUUGAUCCAGUGGAGUCAGAUCCAGUAGUUUGUCAAAGAUUAAAGAUAUAUACAAUGUCUCCUCAGUCAGAUGUACAAAUUUUAAUGAAAAUAGAGAACAGGGGGCAAAACUCCACCAGGUACAAUGAACUGGAUGCCAGUAGAAGCCUCCUAGAAAAUUUGAAAAACAAAGUAAUAAUUGAGUACCCAACGUUAUUUGUGGUCUUGAAAAAAUUGAAGAAUGACAUGGUGGUUCUUGGCCAAGAGGCCAGUGAAUCUGCGGAGGACUCGGACAGUGGAAGUUCGUCCCUUUCUUCUGAGGAAGAAGGAGAAAUUCGGGAGAGUUCAUGACAGUUCUAUGAGAGAAGAGGGUGGGAUGAGCCUUUUAUAUUUCCUUAUUUAAUUAAAUCUUUUUUGCACAACUGAUUUUCUCUCAGGUUCAGUUUGGUUUGCUUCACUUAAGGCAGCACUUCCAAACUGCCUCCCUGACUUUGGAUUUAGUAUGCAUAUUUAGGUAUGUAAAUAAAGAGAUUGGGAGUGGCUGGUUCCAGAAAAAUCUGCUGAUUUUACUGCAUAGCACCCCUUUGUCCAUGUAUCUCUAUUGAGUCAAUAGCCCAAAUGUAAAGUUUCCAAGUUGACUUCAACAAUGUGUAUUUUUUCUUUUUAUCAUAGCACCUCAAUGUCAGAUUUCUAAAAGUGUAAAUACUGCAUAUUUGUGUUUAUCUGUGGAUUUGAGUCAGUGUACUUCAACUUACUGAUAAAAUCUAGUGUUUCAUUGGAUCAACUUUCUUUUAGAGUAUUUCUUCAUCAUGUAAAGCUGCUGCAUGUGAUCUUUCUUUAAUUUGGACUUCAGUCUUCUGCGGCAACGUUUUGGGUGCCUGAUGCAGUAGGUUAUUUUUUUUAUGCUUGGUUGCAUCCUGCCUCAUGUUAAGGAGAGAGCAAGUUACACUUUUUUGGGGGGUGGCAUGCUUCAUCUUCUAAAUUUGCCUCAGUUUAAAAAAUAAAAUAGAAGUGAGUCCACGGAGUGCCAUUAGUGCUGAUGCACUGGACUUCUUAUAAGUGCUGAUGUUUUGCAUCUGGAAAUUACCUACUGAAGCCUGAUAGUGUAAAUACUGAAAUAUCAACUAAACUUUUGAAGCAUUUGCAAAGUCAUCAGCCCAUGAUUACAUGGCAAACAGCUCCAUGAGGUGGUUGCUGCCAUCAUUGCCACUUCAUUUUGCCCCCUGCUUGAGGCUGUCACCUUUGUGACAAAAGGUGGUGCAAGGGAUGCCCACUGGGCAGCCACCUGAGUGCAAGGCUGGAUGCUCUGACCAGCAGCUCCCAUGGAGGUGGUUUGUCAGUCACAAGCCAGUGACUGACAUUGCAGAUAGAAAGCUGGAACUGACAUUACAGAUAAAAAUCCAGCACCUAGCAGUGAAGUCAUGCUGAGGUCUCGGGGGGCUAUGACAGCAAUAUGGAGAAGGGCUCAGGCUCCCAGAGGCUCCACCCAUACCUCAGCACCAGCUUGUCUGGUCCUUGCCAGCCAUACCUAGAAGAGAUUUUUGAGAUGUUCAAGAGCUGUGUAGAAGUUUAUUCACGCCUUUGCAGACAAAUUGUUAUUAAAUUAUUGUUCACAGCUACAUUCAGCUAAUGAGGCUUGGAAAGAACAUUAGACCUUGGUAGGCACGUACUGCUGCUCCUCACAGGGACACUGUGUGCUUUUUCCUCUGUUUGUUUUGCAAGCUCUGAUAAAACAGGGAAGCUUUUCUCCUCUCCUGGCAGUAGCCACCUGUGCGCUGUUUUCUUUUUUAAUCAUUGUUGGGCUUCUGCCCACAUCUUGUUUCAGUGUUUGUUUUCUUAACCCUAUUUAAAGGACUGCAAUUCCUAGCUAUAGGUGUUGCUUUCAUAUUUUUUCAGUUCAGUGGAAGUGAAUAAGCUUUUCCUAAUCAGUGAUUAUUGCAUGCUCAUUUGGUAGCCACAAAUUACUUUAAACCGCUCUUGAAGCCAUUCAUAUUAACACCUAUAGAAGAGCAGAACAGCAAAACUGCCACGGUUCAUUUGCCAGGAAAUGUUUCGUCUGGAGUAGCACUGUGGUGGUUCUGUGCAGUUGGAGCAUGCAGGGGAAUGGGAGUGCUGCAGAUAUUCAUGUUGGUCUGCGGAUGAUUGUGAUUAGUCUUUGGCUGAGGAACACAGAUCUGUGAUAGAUGUGAUUUGCAUUAUUUCCUGCUCAUGGAGGUCUUCGUUGAUAGAAUGAGAGGGUUUCCCCACAUUGUGUUUUCUCAUAUAUAUCUAGUUUAAGCUCCCAUGGGAGUCAGAACACAACCCUAAUUUGUUUUUAAAUGAAAAUGCUGUUAAAUCUAUCUUACAGAUGUGAAUCUUUUCUUACCUUAGAGAAAAUCCUAAGCAUUUUGAAGUGCUGUUCAUAGAAUGGUUGCUGGAAAUGACAUUUGACAGACAAAACUAUGAGCCAUCUUCCAGAUCUGAACUGAGAGUAAAAGUCCACGUUAAUACAGUGCAUUUGCCAUUCGUUAUUGUAUCACUGUUUUUUUUUGUUUUGCUUUUUGUAACAGUUACACUUUGUUGAGUAUAGGCAUUCAUCAAAUGCAAGCCAAAAUGGAAUCAGAAUAUUCUGGCUCAGUUUAGCUAGUUCUUUUUUUUUUUUUUUUUUUUUUUUUUAAUUAAUAUAAAAAUGAUUCAAAAGAAUGAUUUUUGCUCCAGCUUUAGUGAUGACAGUUGACUGGUGCAGGUCCUGCAAGCAUUCAUCAUAAUGAUACAUUUAGUGAUUUAAUCAAGUGAUCAAGUGAUUUUAUCCACUCUUACAUACCUUUGUAGGCAAUUGGAAGUUUUUAAUCCCUCCCCAAGAGACAUAACCAUCUUAAACAUACUUUUGAAUUUCUGGUUAAGCAGUUGAAAUUUAAGACACAGCUGAGGCUGUUUGGAAGACUUCAAUCCAUUUGGAAAGCAUGGGAUCACAAUCAUGCUAUCAUGGGAUUCCAGUACAGGACUCCUAUUUGAUUUAGUGCAGAUGAUGUCUGCAAAUGGAAACCCUGUGUUGAUAUUUUAAUCUUCGUCAUUCAGCUCAAGCUUGUGUUGAGUGCUUGAUUUUAUGCCUACUAUGCUCACUCAUUUGUUUUCCUCUAUAAACUGCUUGUCCCAGAAAAGAACAAGCUAUUUGCAUGUGGUGUUAUGGCACUGUUAAUGUUUAGAUUGUUCGGGUUUGAAGCCCUGAGCACUCACAGCAUGCUGAACUGAAGGGCCAUUGGCUUACAAAGCAGAGUAAAGCCUCUUGUACUCAAUGAACAUGCUGCUAAAAAAAAAAGAAGAAUGUUUAAUGAAGUCAUCCCUUUCACAAACCAAGGAACAAAAAUAGCACAUAGCUAAGGGCAUAGCAAUAUCUGAGAAGUGGGGUUGAGUCAGUCAUAUGGGAGAACUUGGUUCUUUUCCUUUUUUGUAUAACUUCCUGCGGUAUGAGGCAUAAGUCAUGGAACUGUCAUGGGCAAACAGCAUCAUGCUCCUGUCAGUGCAGAAGCUGAGUUUUAAGUGAACACACCCAAAUUCUAGGUUUUACCGUAUUUAUGUCCCUUGGGAAUUGUUCCAUAGAGGGAAAAAGGAUUGUGCUGCAGAAACUGCUGCCUGAGAGGCAGCUGGGAGCGAAGAGCUGAGCAGGCCUUGCUACCUGACAACACAGCACGGCUUCACCUUGUGUUGGGAGUAGAGCUGUUCACAGGGCAGGAGACCUCAUCUAGUCUAAAAAAGUGCAUGAAUGCUUGGGUUCACCUUCACACUGAUGGGAAGUCUCACGUGUGUGUUGUGUGGGGACAGCUGUGGCUUAGACAUGGCCUGCCAGGUGGGGUGUGUUCUGUUGUUGCCUAUAGGAGCUGAGAAUGUGUUACAUCUUACCAGAGCAGGCUUCAAAGAGCAGUGCACAGCUGUGAUGAUGUAACUUCAUCCCUAUUUGGUCACAAACAUUUCAUCCUGCUUCCUUAAAUCCCACACACUUUUCUUGAAAACAUUUAUUCUUCCUCCCUCUGAAGAAAGAAUAUCUUGAAUCUGUGUUUAUGUUGUUGCCAUGACAUUGAUGUAUGCAGUUGCAGAUUCUGUUAAUAAGAGAGAAAAAAAAACAACUGUGUACUUCAUGAACAAAGAUUACUCUGUGUUUGUAUUACAGUGUUGCUAUGGCAGUGCAUAUGGUUUUAUUUGGUAGAAAUUUGUGGUGAGAUGGAAGGAAAUCACAUGUAUGGAAGACAAACAAGAAAUACAGCAAAACCAACUCAAAAUAAAUACUGAAACUGAAAGGAGAGUUGCAGAUGACAUAUAAAACCAGGAGAAUAUAUGGACAGUUGUUUUGCUGCCUGUCUCUGUGGUCUGAUAGCAGAAGCAUGUCCUUGCUGUGCCCUGCCUGGUCUCUCUGGCCCAUAGAGCAGUGGCUUUGCUCCAGUGAUGCUUUUACUGAGUGCUUCUUGCCCUCGUUGGCUCUGUGUAUCGUAACAUAUUUUGUUGUUGUUGUUUUGAAAGCAGAAUUCCACUGCCUUGGCCUGAUUACCCAACUGCUAACUUUUCCUGCCUAUUUUAAUACAGUAGACUGAGCAGGAAAAUUAAUACAGUGGUAAUAUGUGGAAAUAAGCUAGCACUUUACCUACCUUUGGGGCAAAGGCAAGUCUUUUUGCCCUUGCUGACUCCUGCUUGUGCUAGAAAUGAUGGACUUUUCUUUAAUUGGCGCAGUAGUCCUCAUGUUUGUCUAGUCCUUCUGCAUGAGGCUACUUUUUGCAUCAGUUGCAUCAGGACAGCUGUUGGUGGUGUGACAAAUUAGAACAAGUUAAAAAUAAUCUGCCACAGAAGCAGGAUAGAAGUGAGGAGGGAGAGCGAGUCUCAGUUUAGAGAAUAAACUGCUACUGCACUGAGAGCUUGCUGGUUGCUGUGUGAUCCCAGCUUAUGAAGAAAGCAAAAGUAUUUCUCAAAUCACAUUGUGCUUUCUUUCUGUCAUUCCACUUCUGUCACAAGCAGAAAGAAACAAGCGUGAAAGCUGCCCAUUGCCUUUCCACUCUUUGCUUCCUGGUUCUCUGCUGAAUCAUGUCCUAAACCCCAGAAGUUGUCUGUUUUUCCAGGAGUGCCUGUAGGGGACUUUCCAGGUGCUGUAGAGGCACAAGUGAGGAAAAGGUGUCUGAGGCACAGACAUUCUGGAAAAAGAGCUAAGUGAUGGCAAAGAAGGCUUAUCUGGGAAAUCCCCAUCACUUUUAUAUGUGAGCUCUGUGAUCUCCCUUUAUUAAUCUUUUUUCACAGCUUCAACUUUCAGCUGUGCUUGGGCAUCCUUAUUGGUUUUAAUGGGGUUGCUCCACUGCAGUGCAAGUAUCUACUUCUAUAGAGGAAAAUGUGUCUUCCUGUUUUAAGUUCUCAUUAACAACUUGCUGGAUUUAUGGCUACGCUGUGUUAGUGUCUGAUCUUGUUAGAUUUCAUGAGGUUUUUAGGAUCUAAUCUGUUUGGUUUGAGUUGCUAAAGGACCUCGGUGGUUUCAGAGAAUCAGCUGCUUUGAAUCUGCUGACCCACUGGUCUCCAUUUGAUCAGAUGUGGAAACAGUGUUCUCAAAAUGUUGGUGAACCACACUCUUGACUGUUUGACUGACAUUUAUAACAGUCUCUUCAUUCCUGUUACUAAAACUAUGGCUGCUUUCACCAUGAUGGUAAGUUGUCAGUGUCUCUAUCCUAACUCAGUUCCCAUUUGCACAAAUCUGUGCACCCUACUUACAAAGGUAUUCCAUCCAGUGAGUGAAAGCCUUACAAGAGCUUGUGUGAUGUUUCCGUUCUGGAUGGUUGCUGUGUUCCAUCUGGUAAGUGGUUGUACUUCAGGACAGAUGAGGUUGCUUCUGUGAAUGGUGCCUUGGGGUCUUCCAGGACAUUCUCCAACAUAAAUUGCGUAUGUAGAAUUCAUAGCUCUGUAGUUUUUCUAGGGAAAAAAAGAGUCAUUGCAUACUGGAUACUGUCUAUUUGGUCUCUUGGUUUUUGGUCUUCAUGGGACAGUACACAUUGGUGUUCAUUGUGUAAAUUUGUUGGCUGGAUUUCUAUUUUCCAUAUACCGAAUCUCACCACGCUGCAGUGUAGCACAGUUGUUCCUUAGCUGAAAUGCAUUUAUAGGUAUCUCCAGAAUGAACUGUGUUGAUGCUUUCUCAAUGGCCUCCCCCGUAUUUCUGUGUGCUGUUUUCUACGAGGAUAUGUAACACUGAGGAAAGAAUGGUGAAGGUGAAAACAGGGACACGUCUGUGUGAAACACAAUCCGGAGGCAGAUUGCGGGACAAGUGCACAGCUGUCCCUCGCUGUGGGCACCCAUGUAAGCAGUGCCACCAGCUCACCGAGGCUCCCCCCAGCAGCAAGAGGUGGGUCUGCUGCCUGGAGCAUCCUGGUAGAUGUGGCUUUGCUGCAGCUCCAUGAUAGCUUAUAUGGAGCUUAUAGCAGUCCUUGUGGCAGGCUCAGAACGGGUUAACUAGUGGCUGGCUGGCUGGCUGUGCCAGAGAGAUGUUGGCUUUUCCUCCCAUCUGCUCCUCUUCAGCCUCCUUGCUCAUUCAUGAGAGUGCUAGCAGAGUCCUGCUGGAAAGGGCGUAACGUAGUGAGGGAGCGCUGCUUUCUGCUGGCUUCUGCCUUUCGUGUGCUUCCCGUGAUGCAGCACUUCGGGAAGCAUGAAGUUUGUCUUCACUGUGUUGCCUUCUUCAGUAGGGAGCGUAUGUAUAUAUUACACGUAACCCUGAUAGUACAGCAGGAACCACCAUCGGGCCCUUGUAAGUGACUGCGUUGGAUAGAACAGACCUCCGACAGUCCUAACGGUGCAGUUCGACAGGAGUUCCUUGUGGCGGCAGCAGCAGCCUCGGCAAAGCGCCGUGCCACGCUCCAUCCUCGGGUGACCCCGUCCUCCCUCCGCGGGGCUGCUGGCCGGGGGCUGCUGGCCGGAGCAGCAGUGAUAAGCAGCGUUUACUGAAUGCUUACAGCUGCUGUUCGUUGGUCAUGUUCCUCGUGCCUUCUUUGCAGUUCUGUUAGUAUUCAUCAUGAAGGAAGGAUUUGGAUGUCUUAGAUUUUGACCAAGAUGUAAAAUCAUAUCUGUGCUCGUUUAUCCUACCUGCAAUCCCUCCUGCUUACACCUGAAGGAACUCCUCUUUUUAUCAUGGAUAUUUUCACGGCAAUAUCUAGUGUUGGAACAGCAGGGACGUUUCAAAGCACAUGCAGAGGUGUUGACUCUGCUGACUCCUUACACCAUACUGGGAGUUGUGGGCUUGUCAUUUUGCUGUGUAACUGAAAUACAACAAAUGAAAAGAGAAUGUUGUUGAUGAGCAGCUGGUGAGGAACAACUCUGGAAGAUUUCUAGUUCAUUUUCCUCUCUUUAUAACAGUGUAAUUUUAUUUAGUACACGUUACUUCAAAAUCUGCAUGUCCUGCUCGUGCAGCCCUUACUCUCCCACCAGAACUCUUCUUUGAGCAGAGAUGACAGACGCACCUCUCUGCCUGAUGGGACAUGGAAAGCCCAGCACAUGGGCUGCAAAACCUCAGGCCUGCACCUGUAACCGCAUACCAGAUGGGAGUAGGAGGGGCCAUGGGUGCUUGUGUACAUGCGUGUUUAGGCAAACAGCCUGUGCGUGUAGCACAGUGUAGUUACAGCUAUGUGUGAUUUGUAGGAGAGCUGCAUUAGGUCAUUUUGAAGGUAGGUGUUACACAGGUGUACCUGUAGGUGGAGGUGGCCCAGGCUGGGCAGGCAGCGCUGUGUCUGCACACAGCACACUCUUCUAUCCAUGCAGUAGCCCCGUGAGUAAAUGUGAUUUCUCAGCGAAAGGUGAUGUAAGGAAGUGUUCAGUGCCAGAUGUUACCAAAAAAAAACAAAAGCACUUCACUGUGUUUUAUGCUCUUGCUGUCAACAAGUAUUGUACAGACAGGUUUAGGUGCAGCUAAGACUGGUGGCCAGGUGGUAAAUUCCAAAACAGCUGAAGCUGUGAAUGCCUCCGGGGAGAAAACUUGACUGAGCAGAAGAGAGACAGCUGUAAUUUUUUCAGGCAAAGCAUUAACUGCCAGCGACAUAUUUGGCCGUUUAUUUUAUUGAAGUAUUUAUGCCUAAUCAAAUGAGAAGUGAACUCUUAACCACUUACACAUCUAACUGCACAGCAGUGGAUGGCAGUGCUUCACAAUUCCAAAACAACACCAUCAGUUGCUGCUUUAUAGAAGUGCUUUCCUUAGUAAAGGCCACAGGAAGGGCUUAUGCCAGAAGAGUGAUGAUGAGGAGGAAAAAAUGGUGCUGCAGGUUUCCUUUCAGUCUUAUCUGUAGUACAGCUUUAUGCUAACCAGCAUAGCACAAACGGUUCACACAGCUUUCUCAGUUCCUGCUGUAGAUUAUUUUUAAAUGUCACUUUCUUAAUGCACGCCAGCUAGCUAUCUUAGGACUCCCUUGGUUCACUAAAUGUCAUCCCCAUCCCUGAAGUGUAGUUACAUAUUUAAUAAGUGGGAAGGGAAGGCGGAGAAGGGAGAAGAUUGGCUGCUUUGCCUUUUACUCUAUUGGAAAAGUACUUGAAAUUCCUCACAUUCUUCUCCUGUUAACAGUAUGUUUACUUUUCAUCACUGGGUUAUUAGGAUUAACAAAAGUCAUUGCUUCAAGCUCAUUUAAUUUGAAUUUAGUGAAAGCCAACUACCUCCUGCAGACUGUAGGAAACAUUCUUCUUCCACUGAACUCCAUUAAUUUGCAGAAAGCAGCCACCAAAAAUGUGAGACCUGCCCACCGCUCCCACCCCAGUGCUCAACAUCACUGUGCACACACUGCAUUCUAAUGAAGUGCCUUAUGUUGCAAAUUCCAGGACAGUUUGAAUAAUCUGACAGACUAAUUAACAUUUCAGUCUCUCUUCCAAACGUUGGCUUUCAGUGCCAGGAAGCUUUCUCUGUAUACACUUUCUAGUGCACAGGGUGACAGAUUGCAUAUACCACUUCAAAAUACCAUUUACCCAAAGACUCAGCUCACUCAUUCAUUGCUGUACCUGGGGUGGAGCCUGUUUUGGUUUCCAGACGAUUCAAAGUGGUCCUGGAAAGGAGCUGAAGUCUGUUGCCUUUCAAGAUGCUCUCUACUAAGAAUAGUUAGGUAAAUAUUUCUUUAUUAAAUGAUUAAUUCCAUAAAUAAAUUCUUUUAAUUCAUUGAAUAUAAAAUUAAAAUCAUUUACAACUUAUUCCAGUAUUACAGGGGUUCGAAGGGGUUAAAAAAAAAAAAAAAGAAAACAA